AUGGCUAUCCGUGUACCGGGCAUCAUUCACAUAAAGCAGAUUCUCCGCCAAUCUAAAUUGCUUAAAAAUCAAGUAUCCUCAACAUCUAUAAACGUUCCAAAAGGCUUUUUUGCAGUUUAUGUUGGAGAUAGUCAAAAGAAACGAUUUGUUAUUCCUGUAUCAUCCUUGAGUCAGCCUUCAUUUCAAGAAUUGUUAAGAAAAGCUGAGGAGGAAUUCAGAUUUGGUCAUCCAACGGGUGGCCUCACUAUUCCUUGUAGAGAAGAUAUCUUCAUUGAUCUCACUUCUCCCUUGAAUUGAUCAUGAUAUGC